AUGGGCGUAUUCAUUAAACAGGAGCAGCUUCCGGCUCUCAAGAAGUACAAGUACUCCGCCGAGGAUCACUCGUUCAUCUCCAACAACAUUCUGCGCCCCUUCUGGCGACAGUUUGUCAAAAUCUUCCCUCUGUGGAUGGCCCCCAACAUGGUGACUCUGUUGGGCUUCUUCUUUGUCAUUGUGAACUUCAUCACCAUGCUCAUUGUUGAUCCCACCCACGACCGCGAGCCUCCCAGAUGGGUCUACCUCACCUACGCUCUGGGUCUGUUCCUUUACCAGACAUUUGAUGCCUGUGACGGAUCCCAUGCCCGACGAACUGGCCAGAGUGGACCCCUUGGAGAGCUGUUUGACCACUGUGUCGACGCCAUGAAUACCUCUCUGAUUCUCACGGUGGUGGUGUCCACCACCCAUAUGGGAUAUAACAUGAAGCUGCUGAUUGUGCAGAUUGCCGCUCUCGGAAACUUCUACCUGUCGACCUGGGAGACCUACCAUACCGGAACUCUGUACCUUUCUGGCUUCUCUGGUCCUGUUGAAGGUAUCUUGAUUCUGGUGGCUCUUUUCGUCCUCACCUUCUUCACUGGUCCCAACGUGUACGCUCUGACCGUCUACGAGGCUCUUCCCGAAUCCAUCACUUCGCUGCUGCCUGCCAGCUUCCUGGACGUCACCAUCACCCAGAUCUACAUUGGAUUCGGAGUGCUGGGCAUGGUGUUCAACAUCUACGGCGCCUGCGGAAACGUGAUCAAGUACUACAACAACAAGGGCAAGAGCGCUCUCCCCGCCAUUCUCGGAAUCGCCCCCUUUGGCAUCUUCUACGUCGGCGUCUUUGCCUGGGCCCAUGUUGCUCCUCUGCUUCUCUCCAAGUACGCCAUCGUCUAUCUGUUUGCCAUUGGGGCUGCCUUUGCCAUGCAAGUCGGCCAGAUGAUUCUUGCCCAUCUCGUGCUUGCUCCCUUCCCCCACUGGAACGUGCUGCUCUUCUUCCCCUUUGUGGGACUGGCAGUGCACUACAUUGCACCCGUGUUUGGCUGGGACGCCGAUAUCGUGUCGGUUAACACUCUCUUCACCUGUUUUGGCGCCACCCUCUCCAUUUACGCCUUCUUUGUGCUUGAGAUCAUCGACGAGAUCACCAACUACCUCGAUAUCUGGUGUCUGCGAAUCAAGUACCCUCAGGAGAAGAAGACUGAGUAA